AUGCCCGAGUCAUCUAAAGAGAUGCCCUCCAAGGGCAAAGGUAAAGGCAAGAUUGCCGUGGAUAUGGACGAUGUCCUGUGCCAGACGAACGGCACGAUCGUGGAGAUGCACAACGAGAUAUGGAAGACUGAGCCUCCACUGGAGCUGGCAGAUUUCAAGAAUUAUCUAUAUUGGCAGAACCGAGGUUGGAGCAGUCCAACAGAGACCGUGAAGAUGGUGGCCCGACUGUUCGAUGAGGGUCUAUGCCACCGAGCUCAACCGAUCCCAGGGGUCAAAGAGGGCCUCUUGAGGCUCAAACAGAUGGGUUACAGCUUGAUCAUCGUCACAGCUCGAGGUGAACGAGAACGAAAGUGGACAGAGGAUUGGAUAGCAACACACCUGCCGGACAUCUUUGACGAGAUUCAUUUCACCGGCGCAUUCGCACACGUUUACACGACAGCACAGGAAAAGGAAGGUCACGUAGCCAAAAAGGCCGUCAUGUCGCAUCACAAGCGAUCCAAAGCUGAUGUAGUUCACGAGACAGAGGCCCUGUUUCUCAUUGACGACUCUGCUGAGAACGCCUUGGACGCCUCUCGCUCGAAGACCCCCUGUCAGGUUCUCCUCUUUGGCGAUUGGCCUUGGAACAGGAUUAUACGAGACCCAGACGAUCGUUUACCCGAAGAUGUCAUCCUCUACGUCGAUGCCAAAGACAAGGGUCUACUGGAUCGCGUCGAGUCCAGACGGCAAGAGCUCAUCGAGCGGAACUGGAUACCUCACGGCGUCGAACGAGUCAGUAAUUGGGAACAAGUCAUCGAAUGGGUGGAGGAUUGGGAAAAAGAUGGAUGUCCUCCUCUGCCUAGACAGCGUGCUUCUCUCUAA